UUCAACAAUUUUGUGUUUCUCUGUCAAUAUGGGGUGCUGUGUGUACAUUAAUGAGGAAAAAAUUAAAUGAUUUUAGCAAAUGGCUGCAAUAUAAAAGAGUGAAAAAUUUGUGGAAUAGGUUCUUAUCCUGAGUCUGUUAGCAUUGGACCACCUUUGUCAUUUCUUGAAGUAGGAACUUCUGAAAUAAAACUACCUGUUGUGAUUCUUUUAUGCAUGGCGAUCCAUCCUCUAAAGAGCGGGACACUGUCUGGUGCAUAAAUAUGUCAAUACUGGAAGGAAAUAUGCUCUAAACGAUUCUCUGCAUGUCUUUAAUGUGGGCUCAUUAAGGAUCCUUAAUGCCUGCUUGAGUCAUCAAUACUGUAUUCCUACCAUCUGAAAGUUCUGUAUCAUUCCCUUAAUUUACAUUAACAGUAUAUCAUGUUACCUGAGUCAAUAGCAAUAUUGAGCUUGUGUUUACACUUUGUUUCAUAAUGUAUGUUGUAUAACUGACAUAUUUUGCUGUCAGUGAACAAAGAUAUGAAGGAAUGUUGUAAUUUUAACAAUUUAACCAAUGUUACUGGUAAAGUAUGUGCAUUGUGCAGUGCUGUUAAGUGGUUUAGACACUGUUUUCAAUAGACUUCACUGAGGAAUAACAAUGAAUUUACAGACUGACUUGUCUUAGUGCAUCCGCAAUGUCAGUCUUAAUUUACUUAACCUAGUUUAGUGAGCAAGGCUGCUGGCUUGAGUUACCUGGGUGAAAGUGACACCUGCAGCUCUUGAUCACAUGAUCAUGUGUAACACAGAUACAGGUUCUCAAGAAGUCUGCUGCUACAGUGGAUAUGCAAGCCUUGCCGGCAUCCUUGUACAUCAGCUUAAGGCCUCACUUUGGUAGCGCUGUGGAUCCAUUUAAACCCGCUUGCUGUAAAUUUAUAGGAUUUAUUCAGCACUAAAGGCAGAUCUUCCUUGUACUUUCACUGCACAAGCUUUGGGAAGGUUAUUUUAUGUCGUCUUAUCAUGACUGUAAAGCAUCUCUCGGUGGAAUACAACAAGGUGAAUGAACGAGGCACCUUCUCUCCUGGGGACAUUAUCUCUGGAAGGGUGAUAGUGGUGACCAGCAAGGAAACCAAAGUGCAGUGUUUUCUGGUCAGAGCCAAAGGAAAAGCUGAGGUAACAUGGUGUGAACAAGGACAAACCACAGUGGUUCACAGCGAUAAGAAGAAAUACUUUUAUUUUGAACACAUUAUUCUUCAGGAUAAAAGCAAAGGAGAUGGUUCAGAAAUCAUUGGCGCUGGGAGAAAUGUGUAUCCAUUCACCUUUGUGAUUCCCAACAUAGACAUGCCCUCAUCUUAUGAGGGGAAAUGGGGCAAGAUUACAUAUAGUUUGCGAGCACAGCUGACUCAGUCGAUCUGGCUUGUCCACAAAACCAAGACUGAGUUCCCUUUCCUGACCAAGUCUGAUUUUCCCUUUGCCUCCAAAUCAGAAAUGAUAAUCAUCGGACUUAAGGAGCAACAGUGUGUGACCAGGAUUUCAUUUUUUGGCUCUGGAAAGGUUACUAUGAAUGUUACCUCAGAAAAAAUGGGAGUGAAGCAAGGUGAGGCACUGGGAGUCUCUGUCGAAGUACUCAACGACUCAGCACGAACAGUAACCCCCAAAUUCUACCUAUGUGAGAAGCAGACCUUUGUUGCUCAGUCAAAGAGGACAGUGCACACAAAUGACAUCCUCUUUGGGAUUGGAGACUCAGUUCCAGCUGGGACCAGUAGGAUUAUAACCAAAGUUCUGAGCAUCCCCCCACAGCUCCCCCCGACCUUCUUCAACUGCUGCAUGAUGAAGCUCGAGUACAGACUCAAGGUCACUCUUGACGUCCCGCUAGCAAAAGACCCGGACAUCAAACUUCCUCUGGUCAUUCUUUUGGGUUUACCAAAACCACAUCAACAAAAACCUAAGAGAUCCAUCUGGUUUAGAAAGCUUCCUGGUUAAAAGGCUGCAUUAGAUCAAGAGACAGUGAUGCACGUGCUGUGUGUUACAAGGAGUAACAGGACUCAAAAUAACAACACAGAAUAAUUCUGUCUGUUCAGUGUAGCUGCUUUUAACUAUGUGGAUGUUUCUAGGGGAAGUUCUACCUAAAUUACCUGAGAAUUUAUUCACUGUAUGUUCUCAUGUCCACUAGAUGGAGAUGUGUGUCACUAAGUUGCCCACUAGUAACAGCUGUUUCAUUUGAGAGUGUUUGAGCACUUAAAUCCAAGCACUCAGAUUCUUUACUCAAGUAAAAGUACUAAUAUCACAAUGUAAAAUUACUCCAUUAAAAGUAA